AUGCGCGCCUCCCUUCAAUCUGGUCUGCUGCUGGCCUCGCUCUCCGCUUCGACAGCGAAUGCGGAGCGCGUGCUGGGCGCCUUUAUCUACUCGCGCCAUGGUGAUCGCACGCCCAAGGUCUGGGGCAACACCCAGUUGACCACCGUGGGCUACCUGGAGAUGUUCAACUCCGGUUCCUUCUAUAAUGAACGAUACAUUUCGAACGACUCGGUUAAACAUAUCGAGGGCAUCAGCGAUCCCGUCUUCAGAUCGAAGCAGCUCAGCGCCUCCGCCCCGGAUGACGCGGUGCUGCAGAACUCGGCCACCGGCUUUUUGCAGGGUGUCUACCCCCCAACCAGCCAGGCGACGGAGAAGCUGGCCAAUGACUCGACCAUCGUGGCCCCUCUCAAUGGCUAUCAGAUCAUCACACUGAGCACCACCGACACCAACCAGGACAGCGAGAGCUCGACCUGGCUGCAGGGCUCCAGCGACUGCCCCAAGGCCACCGUGAGCAGCGAUAGCUACUACGCCUCGCAGUCGUACAUGGACCUGGAGGCCUCUACCAAGGAGUUCUACCAGUCUCUCUCACCCGUGCUGAGCGACGCCUUCUCCGAUGAGGAUAUGAGCUUCAAGAACGCCUACAUCAUCUUCGACUACCUGAACUAUGGCCGUAUUCACAACACCACCAAGCCCAACGUGACGGAUGCUCAGUGGGUGCAGCUGCAAUAUCUGGCCAACAACCAGCAAUACAACCUCGCAUACAACUCCUCGGAUCCCGUGCGGGCCAUUGAUGGCAAGGUCCUGGCCGGUGAGAUUCUGACCAACCUCAACAAGACCAUCGCCUCCGAGGGCGAGUACAAGCUGGGUGUCCAAUUCGGCUCGUACGGCACGUUCUUCUCUUGGUUCGGUAUCAUGCAGAUGCCCAAGGCCUCCGAUGAUUUCACCGGUAUCGUGGACUACGCCUCGACCUUCACUCUGGAGCUGGUCAGCAACGCCACAGGCACCGAGUUCCCCUCCUCGGACGACAUCAGCGUGCGCUUCAGCUUCCACAACGGCACCGUCAGCAGCUCAUCCGAGCCCACUGUCUUCCCCAUGUUUGGCCGUUCGGAGGAUCUGAUCUCCUGGUCCGACUUCGUCACCGAGAGCGAGAAGAUCGCCAUUGCCUCGGACAGUGAGUGGUGCGACCUCUGCGGCAACACUGAGGGCAAGUGCAGUUCUUCCAGCUCCAACUCCGAUGCAACCUCUGCCAGCACUGACAGCAUUGGCGGCUCCGGCGGUGUUUCUCGCCCGGUGGCUGGCGUGAUUGGUGCCAUGGUGACCCUUGCCGUGAUCCUGGGCCUGGAGGCUCUCUUCUUCUUGGUCGGUGGAUUCACCAUUGCGAAACGUUGCAAGGGUGGUCUCGAGAUGAGCAGCGCUGCUGCUGGUGUCGUCGACGAUAAGAAAUCAUAG